GAGGAGGAAAGAUGGCAGUUCUUAAGGAGCAGGACUACAGAGACGCCAUAGAGGAGUGCUGCAAUUACAAUGCCCGCUUAAGUGCUGAGCGCCGUCAGCGCCUGCCCUUUCUGGACUCCCAAACUCAUGUGGCCCAAAGCAACUGUUACAUCUGGAUGGAAAAGCGACAUCGUGGUCCGGGGUUGAAGCCAGGGCAGUGGUAUUCCUAUCCUUCCCGGCGCUGGCAGAAAAGUCGCCGGCCCCACCACCUUUCUGAAGAUCCCUGGCUGGCCUUCUCAACCAAACCAGACCCAAAGGGGACUCCGAAGAAGGACGGGCUGAUCUCUGAGUCUGCGAGCAGCUUGAGGGCUCUGCUGCAAGCUGGCCACCUGGGAGAGUCUGGAGCUAAUGAUGGUCACCUGGGUUUGGGCCAGGUUGCCUUCAGCCAGGAAAGGAAGCCGACCCCUGAGUUUGAGGAUGAAUUCGAGGAUGAAGAAGGGCCCUUGGUGAUCGAUCUGAAGGACUCUGAGGAAGACGAACCCAAGCCUGAGCAGGGCAAAAUUCCGAGUAGAACCCUCUGGUAAAUGGGGAGCAGGAAGGCCAGGACAAGAAGGAUUCUCAGCCUCCCCUCCAGAGAACUGAGGAAAGAAAUCCUAGAAGACCGAUGAUGAGUUGACCCUGACCAAGUAACUACUUGACUCUGGAGGGAAACUUCAAAAUCAGUGAGAAGGCAGGGUUGCCUGAGGAGUUGGAUUCUUCUAAUUGAAGCUAUUUCCUGCCUUCGGUUCUUCCCAAUAAUUCAGUAUAUUUCUUUGACUUCUCCAUUGCUUUUCCCUCCCGAACUAGCCUUGUUAUUUCAGACCUCCUCAGUACUUUCUGCCCCUCUAAUUCCAGGACAAAACCUAGCUGGAAAAUCUCCCAUUAUGAAGGGGGCCCAGACCAGCCAUCUCUUCAUUUUUCUACCAAGUUCACACUUUUGACUUUUCCACAACCUCCUCCCCUCUACCUUCUCCCCACCUACCAAACUCCAGAAUUUAGCAUCGUUUUUGUGCUUAAAUACUUACUGAGUGAAUGAUGCACAGAGCCCUCUGUUCCAAUUUCUCUUCUCCUUCCUCCCCUUUUGCAGUCUCAGGUAGAUUUGUGUCAUUGUUUAGGGCAGUUGGUGGGCUGAACUGCCUACUCUGACACUGUGCAUCUCUCUCACCCUAACUCCAACCCCUUCUGAAGAUGGGGAAGGCCUACUGCCCCUAGGAAAAACCGGGCUCUGGCUUCCUGCUAUCCCUAAAGUUCUCUCCCUGGUUCUCCCAGGGUCAUGCAGGAGCUGGGGUGCCACUUUCUUUUACCCAGAUCUGCCCAAUCUACCUUGAGUAUUUCCUCUUCUUUCCUAGGGAAUUGGUUAAGGGAGAAUUUUCUAAAGGCAUCAGAGAGGGUUUGAGUGAACUGGGGAAAGCCUGGAGAUCUCUGGUUCCUCCUGCCUCUUGGUCCCCCACUCUUUCUUCCCAUACCUUCAGGGACAGUUCCCACAGCUCUCUGUGUCCACUGUGUGCUCAGAAUGAUGCUCUUUCUUACCCUGGUAACUCACUGCUAGCUGCAACCUGACUCUUCCCUGCUGGUUUCUAUAUGUUCUCUUUUUUUCAAUUCUCCUUUCUUCUGUUCUUUUUUUUGUUUUGCUUUGUUUUUUUUUUGGGAUAAAGGCCAUCCAAGUAGUAAGGGGUCUGGAGGGAGAUGUUAAAUAGUGUGCCUGGUUUUUAAUUCUACUCCAAGGCUACCUCCAAAAUCCCCCUUAGAUUCUUCCUCUUCUCUACCUACCAUUCAGCUAUUCAAAUGACUUGGGAUCCAGUAGGCACCAGUACAAUGUACCUAAGUUCCUGGGUCACAGAUGAGCCUCUCAGGCACUUGCCAGCAGCUGGUAAGGGACUGAUGCUUCUGAUUCUUCAAGCUUCUACCAAUUGAAGCUGGAAAUGGAGGAGGGUGAGGAAGAAAGUAGUACAUAGCAGUACCUCUCUGGGGAACUGUUCUUGCUUGGGCCUAAGGUAGGCUUAUCUCACUGUUGUAUUAGACUUGAGGUGGUGUUUUCUUGUAUAUUACACAUAAAUACAAUAAAUAUUUUAUAUGGAAAAAAAUCUCAGAAUGCCUGUGUUCUUCAGGAAUGUGAGUUCAAAUCUCAUUGCAACAGAUGUUUGAAGGUAAAAGUUUGGAAUAGUACUACCACUGCCCUAAAGCAUUCUAUCUCCUAUCUCUGGUAGCUGUUCUGAUCUCUGGUUCCCCUCAAACUACCCAGCUAUCCUAAUCUCUUUAUCUGCUAGCACCUUCUCUCUCAAAUUACUCUAAAUUUAUUUUGUGGCUAGUUUAUAUAAACUUGUGUUUAUUGUUGUCUUUUUAUUGAAUAUAAACUCCCUUGGAAUACUAUGUGGAAAGAUG